AUGUCUGUCAAAGAUGGCAAAGAUGCUCCUAAGAAUCUGCCACCCGCAGCCAAGCAAGCAAAGAUUCUGGAGUGGUUUCGAACCUCCAUGGGAGUCUAUUCUUUCAAAGAACUGGAGAAACUACUCCCAUCUGUCGGAUCAAUCAACGGCAUGCUAGUGAAAGAGUACGUUCAAGCGCUCACAGACGAGAACCUGAUCCGCGUCGAGAAGAUUGGGAGCGGCAAUUGGUAUUGGUCAUUUACUUCGGAUGCCAAGAAAAGCAAAGAAAACAUGAUCAACAAAUUGAAGGAGGAGGAGAAUAAGCUGUUGGCAUCUAUGGCAGAUGGUGAACAACAGAUUGAGAAAGAAAUGAGCAAACGUCAAGAGGACGAUGAAAUGCUUCUGGACGGUGGAUCGGACAGACAGGCUUUGAUGGAGGCUUACGAGACUCUUGUGAAGGAGAACGAUACUCUUGAUAAGGAAUUGGCACUCUACAGUGAUAACGAUCCCGUUGAGGUCUUGCGAAAAGUGGAGGAAACCAACAAAGUCAAGGAGAGCACCUUAAGAUGGACAGAAAAUCUUGAAUCACUGGAGUGUUUCCUUGUCAGCUUGACGGGAGACCGAGCUCAAGCUGGAGAAAUCAUGUAUCGAGCAUGUGGCGAUGACUAUAUUGUUGGGGAAGGGUUGAAGGAGCUGAUGGUUCCAAACUAG